AUGACUUCGCCGGCGGCGGCACGGACUGGCUGCCGGAGGGGUUCCAGGAGAGGAUCCGGGGCCAGAGCCUUGUCGUCGAGGGGCGGGUGCUUCAGAUGGCGCUCAUGAACCACCGGGCGACGGGAACCAGCCUCCGCGUCGGCGUGUGGAUGUGGGACGGGUACAGGAGCAGUCUGCCGGAGGAGGCGGCCAAGGCGGUCAUCAAGGGGGACGCCAUCGCGCGCAUUGUCUCGCGGUUCCUCCCGGCAGGCUCCGCCGACGAGGAGAUGGAGGCACUACGGAAGGGGGGGAGGGGGGUGCUUCUGCCGUGGCACAGCCGUAGGAGGAUGGGUACCAAAUGACGAACGGCCAGAAACAUGAAGGAAAGAAACCACGUGGAGGAAGCUCCGAAGGAGAAGCUGUCAAGACAAACCCCACUCGGCAUCUGGACGGAAGGCCUUGAGGCCGUCGAUGAGUCUGGUGAGAGAUCGUUGUAGGCCGCACUGCCCUCCUUUAUCGCCGCCAGUACCCUGGUGCGGUACCCGGCCGAAUCCGCGACCAUCACGCCAAUACCUUGGAUCUGAUAACAAAGUCGGCGGGAGUGCUUUGGCAUGACGCUGAGCACCUUCUACGAUCUGGAGCCGGCCUACUGCGACGAGUUCCUGCGGAGAGAGGCCCGACGGGGUCUUCGUCGGCCCGUACUCCCUGUGGUCCAAGAAGGAGGACGCAGAGAAGGUAAGGAUGGAAGACGAUGAAAAGUGCGUGGUGUGGCUUGACACCCAAGAGGUGGGAUCUGUUGUUUUUGUGGGCUUCGGGAGCUUCUGCUGCUUCAGCAAGGAGCAGCACUGGGAGAUGGCGUGGGGCCUAGAGGCGUCGGGCCGCCCGUUCUUGUGGGCUCUGAAGGAGAAGAAAUUGGCCGGCGACAGCGCGCCCUGGCUGCCGGAGGGGUUCGAGGAGAGGGUACGUGGCCGGGGGCGUGUCGUCAGGGGCUGGGUACCCCAGGUGGCGAUCCUGAAUCACCCGGCAACGGGGGCCUUUGUUACUUACCUGGGAUGGAGCUCCCUGACGGAGGGUCUGAUCGCCGGAGUACCCAUGAUCUCCUGGCCCUUGGCCUAUGACGAGUUUAUCAACGAGAGGUUGGUUCUCAACAUUCUCCGCGUCGGCCUGAGGAUGUGGGAUGGCUACCGUAGCAGCCUGCCGGAGGAGGCGGCCGAGGCAGUGGUCAAGGCAGAAGCCAUCUCCCGAGUGGUCUCGCGGUUCGCGCCCCCGGGCUUCGCUGAUCAGGAGGUGGAGGCGGUGAGGAAGCGGGCAGCCGCGUGCCGCGCCACCACUCGGGCAGCGGUGAAGGAGGGUGGUACGGCCUACAACGAUCUCACUCGACUCAUCGACGGCCAAAAGGCCUUCAGCCCAGAAGCCGAGUGGGGGGGAGUCUGCGGCCAUCCCCAAACCCAAGAGUGGUACCCGUGUAAUUUGAAGGGAACAUUGUGCUUUCUUUUUUCUCUGCUUAGUGGUUGGUGCCCGUAA